AUGUCUCGCCUGAUUCCAAGUAUUGAUUUAUCAGACGUCCCAUCAGGCUCUUCGCCAAGUACCUACGAGAGUCGGUGGACUUGGGAGAAAGCUACCUUACCAGCCGGUUCUCAAAUGUUUGACGACUGGUUUGGUAACGUUGAGGACGAUGAUGAAGAGAUUAAUCUCGACGAGAUUAGUAAAGAGUGGAGUGAACUCGAGGACCAGUUUUAUAAUCAAGAGCGGCAGGCGGGAGAGAGUGAAGUCGAAGAGAUUCCAGAUCCAACAAUCUAUGUUACGAAAGCAAAGAAUAUGGCGCACUAUGAAAUACCCGACAAUUUCUGGAUCGAGCAGGCCGAUUAUGCUAAAGGAAACGCCGAGUAUAACGAGCCCGAUCUAUGGAAACGGAAUGCCUUGAAAACCUUCUACGGUAUACGACGGAAAUUUUCGACUCAAACUGCUUGUAAAGCAUUUCGUGAUUCCUGUAAACCAGUAUUUGGCAGAUUUGCGACGGUCAAUGAGGCCAGCGUUACCUUUGAGCAGACAACACUUGUCCAGGAGUUUCUCAAGAAUCGUGGGCUUACUUGCCUUGCCCAACUUGAUACUACACUUGCGAAUAGUGAUCGUAUCGCCGCGGAAAUUACUCGACAACGUCUCCUACGUUAUCCUGCUGGUACUCAAUUCGCAGGUUGCCUCCACGAGUGGGAACUCCAGAAGCAAGGCCCACCUGACGAGCAAUAUAUCCAGGCAUGCUUUCGCGAGGGCGAUAGUAUUAUGGUAAUUUGCUUUUUCAAAAAGCAAGGCGCACUCUUUCACGAGAUCAACUACUUUGAGGUUGAUAUGUCGUUUAAGCGUAUAUAUCAAAAGGAUCUUAACGAGAUUCUCUUUGGUGUAUGGGAUGAGGGUACGUUCCGCUCGCGAGAGUUCUUGUCUUUGGUGAAACAACGGCAAUAUAUCAGCAGACCUUUGAACGGCUUUCUCGAACUUUGGAUUCCGCUACUGGCAAGCCUUUACGGUUCCGACAUAUCCACCAAGAGGGUAUCUCAGCUGUGA